AUGGCGUCGUCGCCACCUCCUCCACCCCGGAGGACACUGCGCCUCACUCUCCCCGCUGACGCCCUCUCCCCCUCUCUCACCUUCUCUCCCCCUCUUUCAUGGAACUUUGACGGCGCCUGGAACCUCGUCAACGCGACUGGCGCCAGCAUAUCACAUACCUUUGCAGGCGAGCGCUGGGCGCUUCGCGGGUCCGCCAACGCCCUCGUCAUAGCUGGCCCCAGUGCCGAUCUUACCGUCGACGGCAUUCCCACCAAAAGUAUCAACACGGUUGGAGACGAGGUAGUCGCGGCGAAAGUUGGAGAGGGAUGGCAUACAGCCAAGUACAGCCUCUCUGGAUAUCGUGGCGAGUUGAGUGUUUACGGCGCGACGUCUGAAUUGAGCAUUGUUGCGGAUUUAUCCGAAGACGAGUUCAAGGCGCUCGAGCAGCGCGUUCCCUUGUCCGAGCACGGCGACAACUUGGUAUACGACGGCUGGAGUGCAGUCGAGGCAGCCCAAGGUACGAUGGGGACUCUGGUGCUGAACAUUCCCUCCAAUACGAGCUUGUUCGCUCUCUCGGGAACCCGAGGACCAGCAGGAACAGUCCAACUCACCUUGACUCCUCCCAUUCUUGACCGUGGCGAUUUUGCCGCCGACACAGCCCUCGCUGCACCCAGCAACGACACUGCGCUCUUUACAGCUCCUCUCGACCCACAAAUCCAAUACGCUGUCAACAUCACGGGCCGCGGCGCCCGUCUCUCCGCACUCCACUACUGGCCCGUCUCGUCCGACGCCUUCCCCUGGCGCCGUUCCUCCUGGUCACCCCCCUCCUCCCUCCUCUACAUUCCUCCACCCCCGCCCUCAAACCCACAGUCCUCACUUGCCCAACAUCGCCGCAAAAACAUUGGCGCUAUUGUCGGCGGCACAAUCGGUGGCCUCGUCAUCCUCUCAGUCCUAAUCAUCAUGGCACUCUGCGAAUGCCGCCGCGUCCGCUUCUUCGGUGCCCGAUACCGUCCCCGCCGCGGAGUCUCGAAACGCGGUAUCUCGUCCUCGGAUCUAACCCGUUUCGACGAACACUACUUCUCGGUCCGCACGGACAUGUACUCGCGGCCCUCGCUCACGGAGACCGCAAGCGUCGUCAGCAUCCCCAUCUCCAAAGUUGGUGCGCCUCCCCAGCCCCAGUUUGGUCCCCCCCAGUCCCAACUUGGGCACCAGCUUGGCCCCCCUCCCCAGACCAAAGUACCCCAACUUGCGCGCCAACUUGGGCCCCCUCCCCCUCCCCGACUACGCCGCCCACCACCCAUUGAAGAGCCCCGGAGAUCCUCAUACGAACUACGGGUGCGCGAGUUCAUGGGCGUCCCACAGUGGUCUACAUUGCCCGGACACGCGAGGGAGAGGGUACUGUUGCCUGUUGCGCCGCCUAGGGAGCGGUUGAGACAGCCGUCGCCGGCGCCAGAGGAGUGGGAGCCAGACAAUAUGAGCGUGUAUUCUGGUGCAACUAUUGGCAAGGCGAUAUGA